UGAGCACAGAACUACAAAGCACACAAAACUUGAUAGUUAAUCUUUCUUCCUCUUCUCUGUCCACUACCACCGAUCAAGAGUCAAACACCCCAUCGACGCGUAGAUCUGCGAAGACUCCCUCCCGAACUCUUCACAGCUCCUAACAUCCCUGCGUGUUUUUUUCGUUUCCGACCUUCUACUCAAUCAAUCCCUUCCACCCAACAUCCCAGCACAACAUGGCCGAAGACAACGUCAACGUGAAGCCUGAGGACGGAUCUGCGGCCUCGGGCGAGAACGAGCACCUGAACAUCAAGGUCACCGACAACAACAACGAGGUCUUCUUCCGAAUCCGCAAGACCACGGGCCUCAAGAAGCUCAUGGACACGUUCUGCGAGCGCCAGGGAAAGAGCCGUUUGGCGGUGCGGUUCUUGUUUGAUGGCGAACGCGUCAAUGAUGCUGAUACUCCUCAGACUCUUGGAAUGCAAGACGGAGACAUUCUCGAGGUUGUUCAGGAGCAGACUGGUGGUGCUUAUUAGAACGACGAUGAUGACGAUUAUGUAAUACAAGAUAAAGACAAAAGAGAUGUGCAAUUUCUAUAUACUACGUUUGCCGUAUUCGUGUCGUGAACUGGAAAAAGAAGAGGAAUUACCGCACAUAUAUGCAGAGAGUAGGAAGCGUCGGUCGAUCAAAGGCGGGAAAAUGGGAUAUCAAGAGCUGGUGUUUAGUUUUUUCUUUGAUUGAUCGGGCAGUCGAUUCGCG